CAGUUCAAUUGCUUAGAUGUUGGACACGAAUGAUGUAGCGUAAAGCAAAAUGUAAACACUAGACAAGACUGCCACGGUUUUCGUCGCGCAAAAUGGACUACGAAAACGAAAAAGUUUUGAAACUUGUAUUCCCAGAUCAGUAUGAAGAAUUUCUUAAUAGCGAAAACUCCAAGGAUGUAACCGAGUAUAUGUUUAAGCUAGGUUCGUUAAAAAUAGACCAGUUGAAAAAGGAGAAAAUUCGGUUGCAAGAUGAGACCAAACAAAAUGUAGAACAAACUCAGGACCUGGCGGUUAACAAUUAUAAAACGUUUAUCCAGACGGCCGAGUGCUCCCGAGAAAUAUAUCGGAAAUUUGUCGAAGCGGAAAAGCGGGCUGAAAGUCUGGAAAAGAAAUUGCCGGAUUUUGCGAGCACUUGUGAAAAUUUUCUAGCCUCCUCCAGCAACAUUAACGCUGCACGAAGGCUAAAUUCUCUGACACUAACUCGCAAUGCAGAGCUUUUGGAAAUUUUAGAGCUACCACAACUAAUGGAAACUUGCAUUCGUGAAGGGAAGUACGAUGAGGCAUUGGAGCUGGCUGCCUACGUGCAGCGUGUUGGAAGCAAGCACGGAAAUAUUCCAGUGAUUUCUGUAACUGUGGAAGCCGCUUGGCAUACAAUGUUGAUGCAGUUACUUUCGCAGCUUCGAACGGACCUGCAACUGCCAAAAUGCUUGCAAGUGGUUGGGUAUCUAAGAAGAAUGCAAGCAUUCUCAACGGCUGAGCUCAAGUUAAAGUUUCUUCAAAUUAGAACCAGUUGGUUUAAGAAUUUGCUCGCUAAAAUUCCACAAGAUGAUGCACACUUGCAUCUGACAAAAACAAUUGAAGCGACGCGUGUUCAUCUCUUCAACAUUAUCACCCAAUAUAGGGCAAUCUUUUCAGAAGUCGAUGAUGCCACAUCCGGUGUGUCUAUCUCUAUCUCUGCAGAUCAGAAUGCUGCCGAUGAAGGGAAAAUAUUUCACAGCUGGCUCCACGAUCAAAUAGUCGAGUUUAUCACUACGCUUGAAAAAGAUCUCUCUUCAAAUGAGAUCAAUUCCUAUGAUACUAUCCUUGGACAGUGUAUGUACUUUGGGCUGUCCUUCAGCAGAGUGGGCAUCGAUUUCCGUGGAUUGAUUGCUCCUGUUUUCGUUAAAGUCAUCUCGCUGAAGUUUCAAACAACUAUUGCGAAAAUUACACAUCAAUUCGAACAAGAUUUAGAGCAAUACACUCUGAUCAACAAAGUUCCAACAGGUAUUAAAAGGUCAAAGGUAGGGGACAACACCGAGUGCAACAAUCAUCCUCCUGAAAGUCUGCUUGAUUUUACCCCUUUGGCAAUCUACUGCAACGAAGUUCUGACAAUCUUCAACGAACUCCGCCUGUGCGCUCCAAUUGCGUUGGCAUCCACGGUCUCCGAAGUGCUGGAAGGUUCUCUGACAAAAGUAUGCAAAAACAUCUUAUCGUUCUACCGUCAAGAGCAGCAAGCAUUCACUGCUCCAGAGCGAGAGUGCUUUAUCCGAUUCUGUUCAUGUUUUGCGUACGAUUUGAUUCCAUACCUACAACGGUGCGUUCAUUUGAUUUUCCCUCCACCAUCCAUCGCAAACCAUCUCGGUAUUAACGUGCUGACACUGCAGAAACAUGGUAUAACUUAUUUCAAGCAAAAGAAGAUUUUGGAACCGAUCGCCUACCUGUUGCCUGAUAAGAUUGACGCUGUAAUUAAGCAGAUAACCGAGGUCAGCAUUGGGACGCGUGUUUCACAGCCCACAGCUGUUGAGAGCGAUCAGCCGAUAGAAGAUAAGAACGACGAGUAGGACGGUCGUUGACUAACACAGGUGCUGCCUAUUUCAGCACAGUGCAUCACGUUACCAAGGACGACAAAGAAGUUACGAUAAGCUUGCACUGAUGAAGUAUAAAUAAGAUCAGGAAAUAUGUGGUGUGCUGUUUGACUGAUAUGGAUCGAAGCGCAUGUUGUUAAUCUUUCGGAACUGAUAAAUAAAUUGAGAAUUGGAAUCGAGGUUUACUGAA